AUAUAAAUUUCUUUUCAGACUAUAUUAAAGCUUUUGUUAGAUCUCAAAUGGAACCGAAUAGCAAUUGUUUAUGUCAACGAUACGUACGGUCGAGUUGGUGCAUAUAUGUUGCAACAAGCCGCCGAGAAGAACGGCAUAUGUUUGUCUAAAAUGAAUGCAAUAGAAAUUGACGACAGCAGACGUGUUGACAUCACUGAAUAAGAAAUAUCCUAUCCGAUUAUGUGUUAGACCCACCCAGCAUUGAAGGUGUCGUCUUCUUCGGAACUGACGUCAUUACUAAGCAAGUCAUGCAAAUAUUAGAAAAUCUUCCGACGCAAGAUGCCCCGAUAGUUAUACUAUCCGAAUCAGAGCUCAACACAGACGUGUUUCUUUCCAACUCGGGUGAUUUGUUAGGGAAAACAAAAGGCACGAUUGCUAUUGCUAUGCAGAACUUAGAAGUACUGGAGUUUGUACGAUAUUGGGAGUCUAUGCUUUCAAACAAAACCGCCAUGAUAGCUGCUGUGGACCACAACCCUUAUUUAGAGGACGUAUUUCUCCAAUACACGGGUUGUGAUAUAGAAUCCGCAAGCUGUGAGGCAUUAACUAAAGAACAAAUAGCUCAGAUGUCAUCGAAACUGUUCUACGUUCACUACUCCGUGUUUGCUGUCCAUACACUUAUUAAAGCUAUAGAAAAAUUCAACGAUACAGUUUGCAAAGGAGACUGCAACACCAAAGAGAAAUUCAAGUCAUAUUUCCAACCAAACCAUCUUGUUGAAGCUAUGGAUGGACUAUCCGUGUCAUAUGGCGGUAUUGAUGCUUCGUUUACUAGAAGACACCCCGAAUAUUCAACUUGCAGACGGCGAGACGGAAUACGAGGUGUAUUAAUUUUAGGAAAGACCCAGAUAACGGUGACGAAUUUGCAUUCGUUAAGGUAGGAUAUCUAUCGGACGAUGUUCUGCAUUUGGACACGGACAAGAUAAAGGAUUACAAAUCUGAUGGGACAGAAAGAAGCUACCCAAAUAUAAGGAGAGGACAAUGCCCUGUUGGGAGCAGAUGUGAUAAAUGCAUUGAUAGCGAUAUUACAGAAAUAAACUAUCAUAUUCCAGGAGAUUUCUAUGUCAUAGGAAUCGUAUCUAUUAACAAUAAAGCAAUUCCCGGGCCCAUUGGAUGUGGUACAGUCAGAACAAGGCACGGAUACCAAAUGUAUUUGUCUAUGGAAUACAGUUUAAACGAAUUUCAUACUAAAAGCUGGUAUUCCCAGUACAAGAAUAUGUUUGCUGACAAGUCUGUAGGACUAAUUGUAAUCAACAGUUGUAACAAUGCACUUGAAGUAGUGUCAAAAAUUCUUGACCUUCACUCAAAAGGUUUAAAGUUACCAAAUGGAACAUUCCUGGAUCUGACUGGCCGCAUUCUUGGUUAUGUUGGUGGUCAAGCGACCGAAGUUAGUCAACCUACUGCUGCACAAUUAACAAAACUGAACUUUGUACAAAUAAGCUACACAUCUACGAACCCCGUACUCAGUGACAAGCAUCUGUAUCCUUAUUUCUUGCGCAUGAUUUCGCCUGAUAAUUUACAAGCUGAAGCAAUGAUAGAAAUAGUAAAAGCGCUUGGAGGGGAAUACAUCCAGAUUGUGUAUAGUGAAGGCGGUUAUGGUGUCGGAGGAAGGGACUCUAUUAGAGAGGUUGCAAAAGCCAAGAAGAUUUGUAUCAUACAGGAAAUAAUGGUCGUAGAGGCGGAAACGAAUGCAUACUUCGGUUAUUAUGAGAUGAUGCGAAGAAAACCGCACGCUAAACUCGUAAUUAUAUUCUUACGAUCUCACAUUGUUGGUCAUUUCUUGAGAGAUGUUAACACUGAAAUGACAAGAGGUGAAUUUCAGUUUAUUGGAUCAGAAGCUUGGGGCAAGAACAGAGACGCGUUACAAUACGAUAUCAGCAAAGGGGCUAUUAUAACAGCAGUUGAAAUGGACACUGACAGAGAUCUGGAAGUCUAUAUCAAAGGUAGUGUGAAAAUUAUGCAACAAGCAUAUCAACUGGUUUUCAUUUUAUUUCAGGAUUUAGAAAAAAUGCUGCCGAUGAAUGCAAGCAAGAUAAUUUAA